GCCAAGUGGGACACGCCGUAACCUCCUAGGCAUUUGCUGUGCCGCUUUCUUUCAGUUUCGUGUCAUUUCAGAGGUCUCACCCUCCCGCAAGAUUUUUGCGUAUAUUUGGAUCUCGUUUAACCUUAGCGAUGAGUAGGAACAAUAGCGAAGAGAAGCCUCCCCGGAGUCCACUGUGGCACCGAGCAAUCGAUCGAUACAGGGAAGAGCUCGACGAAAACGACGAUUACCAGUCAAUUACAGAGAUAGGAUCCCUUGAGGAGCUUCUUGACUCCACAAAAUCAAUUGAACCCUUGCUCCCGAGCGAGCGAAAUGCUCUCAGCUCUAUGCAACGCAUUGGGCCGACUUUGAAGUUUGUAGAUGACUUCUCAGCUGUUAUUGCUGUUUGUUUUGGAGCUGAUCCAAAACUCACAGCCUUCGUAUGGGGGAGCAUUCGACUGGUGCUAAGUCUAGCUUCUUCGGCGGGAGAUACUCUCAAGGAUGUUCUAGAAAUGUUGGAGGACCUCAGCCUUACACUGCCUCGAUUCAGGGCGUAUGAAACUAACCUCCCCAUGGACCGGGCCCUCGAAGCUGCGCUGGUCGAUGUAUACACGGAAGUGAUAUGUUUCUACGCACGCUGUAUCCGCUUCUUUCGCACCCACCCUCAUGUUCUGUUGCGACGCAAUGCGUGGCAAGAUUUUCGCAACGACUUUUCUCGGACAGUCCGCCGAAUCCGUCGCCUUUCUGCUACGGUCGAAAGAGAGGCUGAAUCUGCACGUAUGAUGCAUUUAAAUGACCGGGGGAAAUAUGAUGAUGUCCUUAGUCUCAUGGAGACAUUAAAGGAGGCCAAGAUCAGACAAGUUGAGGCAGCCCAAUACUACUACAUACCCUCUGAGGCUAGCCCUAGAUUUUGGGGGCGGGAAGACGCUUUGGAGGCUAUCCAAGAUGCCCUAAAACCUGAUGAGAAGCCAUUCCUCCUGAAGACGUUCGCUCUAUAUGGUAUGGGUGGAGUGGGAAAGACACAGAUUGCCUUGCAAUAUGCACUCCGUAACCGCGACUGUUAUCAAGCUAUCCUGUGGGUUACAGCCGACAAUGCCAUCAACAUGGGACAAAGCUUUCGAGAAAUCGCAAAACUUCUUGGACUGAUCGAGACUGAGGAAGAACUGCAGGAUACCGUCGGUGCGACACGAAAGGUCAAGAACUGGCUGACGGAUACAAACUGUCCUUGGCUUGUAAUCUUUGACAACGCAGACGACUUAGAAGUGCUCCGUCAUGUCUGGCCCGCGAACGGUCAAGGAUCCAUACUUCUUACGACACGAAACGCCAGCGCAACUCACAGCCCUGCUUGUGCGGGCAUGCAGGUCCAACCGUUUGACGAUGCAGAUGGAUCCCAAGUCCUGCUCAAACUGGUAGGACUCGAUGUUAGUCUACCCGAAAACCAAAAACUAGCAGCCCCCAUCGCUAGAGUGCUUGGAGGUUUACCUCUAGCUCUCAACCAGAUCGGCGGAUUCAUCGUCCAAAGGAAAUUGCCCCUUCAAGACUUCCUCCCCUUGUAUGAGCGCAAUUCAGCGAAGAUCGAUGCGCGGAAGAUGGGAAUUGGCGACCGUGAGCACACCUUGAGCACCGUAUGGAAUAUGUCCAUGAGCAAGGCGUCUGGGGAUUCCCGCAUGCUCCUGAAUAUUUUGCCGUAUUUUCAACCAGACGAGAUCGAUGAAGCCAUAUUCCACCAGGGGGCAAGGUUGCUCAAUGAUGUCGAGUUUAACUUUUUGGGGGAUAAAAUGGAUUUAGGAGAUGCCGAAGAGGUCCUGCUGAAAACAGGUCUAAUUGAUAAGAAUCCAACGAACGCCGUUCUGCGCAUCCACCGGCUUAUCCAAGCAGCCACCGUCCGUACCCAGAACGACACAGAUCGAGAAAGGUACUUCAAUGCAGUUGUGUGCAUACUGAGCUGGGGCUUUCCUGACACUUGGAGUGAAGACGUUGGUCAUCAAUUCCAAGCAUGGGCAAACUGCGAAAAGUGUCUACCGCACGUCCGACAUCUAGUUGCUACGCGAGAGAAAUACAAAAUAGAUAUUAGCGACUCCCAGAGUUAUGGCGAAUUGCUUUUGCGAUGUAGCUGGUAUAUGUACGAACGUGAAUGCUAUGACAUCGCCAAUUCCAUGAUACAAGCGGCUCUCGACACCUUCAAAGACAGGACCACCCUUGCAUUUGCUAGCGCAAUCGACCUCUCCGGUCUCAUUAAUCUCGACAUAAGCCACCCAAACAAAGCACUAGCUCCAUUUAGAGAAGCGCUCGAAGUGCGAAAACAACGACUUGGAUCAACAGACCCCCUAAUCGCAUCUAGUCUGAAUAACAUCGCACUCGCCUACACAGAGCUCGUUGACCUCGACAAAGCCUACGCCACUCAUUCUGAAGCCAUUACCAUCCGGCUUAAUGCGCAGAGCGAUCGAAUCGGGAAUUCAUACAGCAAUAUGUCGAGCUUACUGCUCCGGAUGAAGAAACCCGAUGAUGCAGAGGAAAUUCUCAAGCGCUGUCCCUCGCUGCAAGAUUUCACCGACGAGACAUUUUUGAAAACAAGAAACCCGCGCUUCUCGGGAGACAUGGUGCUGCUUUCUCGGAUUCGCGUUCAGCAAGGGAGGCUGGAUGAGGCGUUUCGGCUGGCAUCGAAGGCGCUGGCGUUCCGGCAGCGCAUGUGUGGGAAUCGGCUUAAGACGUGCGAUUCUUUGUAUGAUGUGGCAGGGUUGAUGCAUAGGCAGGGGAGUUCGGCUUCGGCUAUAGGACUGCUAGGCCAGCUUGUAGAUAUUUCGAGUUCGAUCCCUGAAGGCCAGGGCCAGCUUGCUCGGGCUUACUUCAAGCUCGCCGUGAUUCACAAAGAAAGAGACAGGAGUGAGCAAAGCCGCACUUACAGGCAGAAAGCGGAAGCAAUACGAGCAGAUAUACGACCAGAUCUUUGCAAUGCUCCGUUUGACGAGACCGAGUUCAUGAAACUAUGUCUUUGGAUGUUAUGGUAAUACGAUGAGGUCUGGAUACCCUCAAAAGAUGGCGUUAUGGAUUCAAGCAAGUCAUCAUCGAUGGGAGUUGUUGCAGAGAAGCCCAAUACGCUAGAUAAAUACGGUCUCGGCUGUUCGUUCGAUGGAUAAGAGGUCGAGAGGAUCGGAAGAGCCAUUGCAUAGCCACUAACCCUCCCUAAUGUCCCUAAUGUCCCU